UAGGAGCGAGGAUGGCGGCGUCAGCCGGACCGGUGAGUGGUGCUGAUGCUGUGUUUCCUAUCGCAGCUUCCAUGAAGGCUCAACGAUUCCCAAGCAGCAAACUUUACCUGCUUGUAGUUAUUGGCGAAAUCGUGUCGGAGGAAGAGCUGAGCUGUGCGAUAGAAGACAUCGAAAAAGGAAUCCGCUCGUGGGCUGUGGACCAUAUUAACUAUAAUCUCAACCAAGAGCUGAAGCUAUUUGUUUCACGACAUUCUACAAGCUCAUCUGAUGGAAAAGGACAGAAGACUUUGCACUACAGAAGUGAGGUUUUGGAAGCUGUGGUUCUUGUGAACCCAACACAUGAGACUGUCAGCAAUGAGGUCCGGGUGAUGGUCUCAGAUGCUUCCAGAGACAAAUUGCUGGUACUUUCCGGGCAGUAUUACAAAAACUCUGGGGGACUAGCUCUCCAGUCUGGAAGCUUCUCAUUUCACAGUUUUAUAGAUAUAUUCACAGAUCAGGAGAUUGGUGAACUGCUUAGUACCAUACAUCCAGACAACAGAGCAAACCUGACCUUAUUUUGCCCAGAUGAAGGGGAUUGGAAAAGUUCAGAUAUGGACAGGCACAAUCUACAAGACUUCAUUGAUCUAAAGUUGAAGAACACCGUUGUACUGCCUCAGAUGGAUGGCCUUUCGGAGUUUACGCAGCAUAUCUUUAAAUUGGUGGAAGUUCCGUCACCAUUUGAUCUGCUGGAACCUCCCAGCUCAGGAGGCUUCCUCAAGCUCGCCAAGCCAUGCUGUUACGUCUUUCCAGGUGGACGAGGAGACGCCACCUUGUUUUCAGUCAACGGAUUUAACAUGUUAAUCAACGGAGGGUCAGAGCGCAAGUCUUGCUUCUGGAGGCUGAUCAGACAUUUGGACAGAGUGGACUCAAUCCUGGUUACUCACAUUGGGGAUGACAAUCUGCCUGGGAUCAACAGUAUGCUUCAGCGGAAAAUAGCAGAGCAGAAGAGGGAUCGGUCCCAGGGCCCCACGACUGACGGUGAAUGGGCGAAAAAUUUUAUCUCACCAGAUCUUGGGGUUGUAUUCAUGAACGUUCCUGAAAACCUUAGGAAACUGGAGCAUGACAUCAGGGUGAGAGGGCCUGUUGAGGAAGCAUCCAUCACACUGGACUGCUUGGAUGAACUGUCCAUAAAACCAGAGCCACUUUAUCGUCCCUCUGGAAAUUCUCUAGAUCCUAUUCUCUUAUUUCAAAAGAUGGGUGUUGGGAGGUUGGAGAUGUAUGUGCUAAACCCAGUUAAAAAUAGCAAAGAAUACAAGGACUUAAUGAAACAUUGGAAUGACAGUUAUGCAGACAAAGAGUCAAAUUACUUUGAGUCUGAAAUCCCAAUUUCUUAUUUAACUUCCAUUUCAUCCUUGAUGGUAUGGCAUCCAUUUGACCCUUCUGAGAAGAUAGUUCGUGUCCUGUUUCCUGGCAACACGACGCAACAAAAUAUAUUUGAGGGUUUGGAUAUGGUCAAGCAUUUAGACUUCCUGAAGAAGCCAGAGGUCACUCAAACAGAGUUAUCUUCAAACUUUGCACAGACAGAAAAAGAAGUGAAAAUGAAAAGCAAAAGUAUCAGCAAGGAAAGUCGUAUGUCGACUUCAAAGCCACCAGCUAGCCUGGGAUGCAAAGAAGAAUCAAAGGAGGAAUCACAGGAAAUUUCAAAAACUGAUUCUGUUCAAGAGGUAACAAAACAUUUUGAGAUGAAAAAGAAAGUACCUCUUGAAAUGGAAACUGAAACCCAAGCUUUGGAGCACAAAGCCAAAACAAAACCAAAACAAGAGAAUGAUACUGGAAAAGGAUUGAAGACAUUGAUAGAAAAGACACAUACAAAAGAAACUAAGAAAGAAGUGAAGGCUAAAGUUGAAGAAAAAGUAAAAAUGGAAGAAACAAAGAAACAGACAAAAAAAGACAUGAAAAGAGAUACAAAGAAAGAUUCUCCGAUGAAGGAGGCAAAAAGAGAAGAAAAGAAAGAGAGAGAUCUGAAAAAGGAUAUAAGAAAGCCCACAAGGGAUCUGAAAAAACCUACAGCUGCACCGGGGGAUGGUAAAAAGUCUGUGCCAAAACAGAGAGUCCCAAAAAAAGAAGAAUCACCAAGGAAGGAUAUGGGAAGCCCUGGGAAAUCGAAAGAGAAGAAGAUCAAGGCCCCAAAAAUGGAACCUAAACUGAACAAAAGUAAGACUGACAAUCUUUGCGCUGGAGCAAUGGUGGACUCUCCUGAUGUUGGCAUUGAAGAAGCUAUAGAGUCUGAAAGGUCAUUAAUGUCUUCUGCAGAAGAUCUUACAAAGGAAUUUGAGGAGCUUAAAGCUCAAGGAAAUGUAGGCUAUGUUAUAAAUGUUGUUCCAUCUUAUGAAGAAAAAUUAAAAGUCGAGGACCAGCCCAAAGAAGCUGGGCUUUGUGAAGAUCUCCGAGAAUUUAGAUACGAGCCUAGAACAACUACUCAAGCUGCAGAAGAAGGUCAAGAGAGCCUGGAUGAACCUUUGCCUAUGCGACAAAUCAAAAUUGGUGUGAGAGAGUCUGAAGAUAAAGAGAGUGUUUUAGUUGACUUGUCAAAAGCGGUGGUUGAACAGGAAACCAAGGAGGGAAAGAGAGAGCAGUUUGCUAUCACCAGAGAAUGUGAAGGUGAAGAGGUAAAAACUGAAGUUUUAUGCAGUCUGGUUACAGCAGAAACAAAGGAUGAUGUGCAACACAAGCAUGACCAUCUUUUCAAGAAGCCAGAGGACUCAGUAGAAAGUAAUGAAUUAAGUAAGUCAGGAACUGAAGUUGUUAGUGAGAAACUAACAUCAUUUAUUGGUGAACCAGCUAGGAUUUCUACUUGUCAUUCUGCACCAAGUGAUCAGGCAAGCUUAGAAAGUAAUGCAGUGCCUGAUAAGGAAUAUCCUCACCGGCCUCUUGAGGAAUGCACAACCUUGUUACCUAACACACAUUCAAAAGCUGAUGUUUACAUAGCAUCAGAUCAGACUGCUCACACGCCCAUACCAGAACCUAUGAGCAAUGCGACCACCCAGGAUGAACUGAAGUCUUCCUCUGAGCUUUCCAAGUCAAGAUGGGCUGCACCACCUAGUGUCCAUGGAAGAGAAAAUAUGUUUUUACUUCAGGACAACAUCAAAUCAGACUUUUCAAAAAGUGACAUCACAGAAGGUCAGGAUUAUCCCAUGUCUGCUGCCACUCUGUCACCAACCUCAUCGUAUGAGGAAGACAAGUCUUAUGAGCAACUUUCUAUCAGAAUGAGUGCACACAAAAUCCUGGAGCCUGGUCACCAAUCAGCAUUGGGCAUAUCAGACAAACUGCCUGUUGAUACAAGUACUUUUGUUUCAGCCUUUCCACUCCUAAAGACCUUUGCCAAUGUUAGCAGCUUAAAACAUGACUUGAUGCUGAGUGCUAUGGAUUCUCCGCUGGAAAUAAAAAGAGUUAUUUCUGGAGACCAAAAUGAAGUAUGUAAGUCUUCAAGUACUGAACAAGAUGACACAUUAAAUGGAGCUCGCUUUUCGCAACUUACUCUUGAAAGUUUAUCCAAUACUGUUGAAGCAGUUCACAAACCCCAAAGUGUUAUAACAACAGAAGUUACUGGUGACAACAUUAUAAAUAUCCGUGCUCCUGAUUGUGCAUUAUCAUUUGAGAAGAUGCCCACCCCAUUUCCUAGUCCUCCAUCUCUGGAAUCUGGAUCUCCAUCAGAUGGAUCUCUGUAUGGAGAUAGAAAAUCACUUGCUGAACUGAGCCAGUCCUCAGCAGAUUUAUGUCAGGAUGACAGGAAGUUGUCAUUGCCUCCAAGUCCAUUAGAGGAUGUCAAAUUAGGUUUAUUUUCUUCUUCACAUGUGAAACAGACCUCAGUAGAUACAUCAGCCUUGUGCCAAAAAAGGUGCAGUGAGAAUACUUCAGAAGCUCAGUUGGAGGGAUCAGUGAAUGUCUCAAAAGAUCUUUUACAGGUUCUGAUAUCACUGGAUUCCAGUGUGAUUGGAGAAUUAGUAGACAUGGGUAAUAAGUCUGUAUCAGAAGGAAAAACAUCUGACAAGACAGAUACCCCUGACAGUGAAGAUGUAGAAGAGGAUAAGAUCUCCCUGGCUGCUUCUAUCUCAGGAACUACUAGUUAUAUUCCUGAGCCAACAUCAGAUGAUUCUGCAGAGUUAGUCAUUACACAGCCUGCAGCAAUACCUGCAUCUGCAUCCAUAUCUGCACUCCAGGAUCUACCUGCUCCCCAGGAAACCAGGAUUGAGACACCUAAACAAGGAGUUCCCCAACCAGUUUCUUUUUUCCCAGAUUUUUCUCCACCCAAAAAGCAGAUGGCUUUAGAGCAACUCUUAGCACCUCUGAAAUUAGGUGUAGAAUGCCCUGAUCACAUUAGAGAUGUACAUUUUACAAAAGAAUCCCCAGAUCAGACUAGCAUUGUGACAAACAAACAGUACAAUACAAAUGGCCCUACAGAUGUGGAUUAUACAUACUGUGACCAAGAAAUUUGCCAGACUAAAAAUGACAAAGCUGAACAGCAGACAUCACAUUCACCCACCAUAGAAAUGGCCCCUUCUUCUUCAAUGUCCACCUUUUCUGACUUAGAAUGUAACAAGACGGUACCUGUAGCAGCAGAGUCUAAUGCACAGUCCACUUGUAAGUCUAAAUCUCAAGUCAAACCUGAGAUUUCACCACCUUCCUAUCUACCACUAUCCUCUUAUUCAUUUGACUACAAAGACAACUUUGGCACCUAUUCCUCAUCAUCCAAAGGUUAUUCACUUCUAUAUGAACCUAACAUCAUCCAAAACAAAGAUCUUCAGAACAGUAAUCUGGAAAGCCAGUCAUUGCCUGAUGUUUUAAACAGAAAUAAAGUGAGCACUACUGGAUAUUCUAGACCUGAUAUAGACUUCUGUUUGGUUAACACCUGCGAGUACCGGGACCCGAAGUUGGAGCUCUCACCAUCGUUUAUCAACCCAAGCCCCCUUGAGCUUUUUGCUGCUGAUGCUAAUGUGGACUCUGAAGAUGACUUUGAAUCCUCCCCAACACAAGAUAUAACUCUAAGGCAGAGUACCGGGGACCCUCUUCCACUCUCAUUCAGAGAUGGCCCUCCAGUUCCCCCUAAAGCGGAUACCUGCACCGUUGAUCCAGUGGCUCUGACUGAUGACCAGCAUUCAGCAAUAAAAGGGGCUAAAGAGAAAUCUGUUACCAAAAAGCCCGGCCUGAAAACGAAACCUUCCCCAGCAGCAAGGAAAAGUGAUGCAGAGGCCACCUCAGUGGGGUCUGCAGACAAGGCGAGUAAGACUGCAUCUCCAAGAAAAAAAGAUCUUUCAGCAUCAAAAUUAAAGGGGACUGAGAAAAGGGGAAAAGAAGAAAAAAACGCAAGCAAUAUCAAGGCCACAAAGGCUACAAAAACCGCAUCUCUGGGGUCUGCCAGUGGUAAGUCACCAGAAAAGUGGCCACCAGACGGCUCCCCUAUAUAUGUGGACCUGGUGUACAUUCCAAGCCAUGGAAAUGCCAAAAAUGUCGACGCUGAGUUCUUCAGGCGAGUUAGGUCUUCCCACUAUGUUGUCAGUGGCCACGAUCCAGUGGCAGAAGAACCCCAUAAAGCUGUUCUGGACUCUCUUUUGGAAGGAAAAUCUCAGUGGGACAAUAACCUUCAGGUCACCGUGAUCCCAACCCACGACUCGGAGGUCAUGAAGCGGUGGUACCAGCAGACCUGUGAGGAACAGCAAAGGCUCAACAUCAUUGUUCUGGCGAGCAGUAGCACUGUGCUCAUGCAGGACGAGUCCUUUCCUGCCUGCAAGAUUGAGCUGUGAUCCCUGUCUACCAGAUUACACUCUGCAGCUUCCAUUUCCUCUUGAAAUAUAUUUAUGUAUAUGAAAUUGCAGAAUAUAACCUAUGUAGCAAUUAAUACCAGUAAUAAUAUUGUAGUGAUACAAGUGCACUUUAGACUAGGGUCGCCACCCAUCCAGGAUUUUCUGGGACCACUUUGGAUUUUGGUCGCCUGUCCUGCAAAAAAAUUAAUUUCAUUCCAGGACACAUAAUGUCCUUAUCAGUUUCCCUAUCAAACAUAUCUGAAACCUUUGGAAUGGUGUUGCUAUAUGCAGUAUUUUUGGUCAGUGACUGGGUGUCCAGGAUUUUACAGGAUUGAGGUGGCAACCCUACUUUAGACACUCCUUACAGCUCCCAUUUGUAACUAUUUUUUUGCAUCAUAUAUGGAUUCGUAGUGUCAAAUGACAGGAAAGAACAUUUGAGUUGGAUUAUUUUGAACUGACAUACUGUAAAACUGCUAUGGUGAGCUUUAAGACACUUGGGGUAAAAUAUUUUAAAAAGUGUUAUAAUGCUUAUAGUGAAAUAUUAACCAUAUCCUUUAUUUAGUGUGUAUUUAGGACAAUGAUAUAGACAGAAAGUGAUUUACAGGGAUAAUGAGUGUUUUUCCCCUAUUUAGUUAUAUAUCCUUUUUUAGCUGAAGAGCAUUGACUUCAGAAUAUAAGCCAUAGUCUAUCAUUAGAAAGAAACUCACAAGAAAUGCAGUUUACGUUUUUAUGAGUAAUGGUUACUUCUAUAGAGAAUGAAAUAGUUGUGGUACUAAAAUAUUGAAAUAGGAUGACAAGAAUUGCAGAGUGUAUAUUAAAAAGCAUAGAUCAGAAUCUUUUAUGUACAGAACUGAAGGUAGAAAAGAAAAAGGGUGGGAAUAUAGAGAUUAUGCAGGGUUCACUAUGCUGCCUUCUGCUAAGAUUUUAGGGUGGUAUUAAAAUAGAAUUAAGAUAUUCAGCAAGCUUUGAUCAAGGGUUUAAUUGCUAAAUUACCUUAAUUCUAAAUUUCAGUUGCACUAUAAUAUAAAGCGGUGUUUCCCAAUCCGGUCCUUGGGGACCCACAGAGAGUCCGCAUUUUUGCACCCUCCCAGCUCCCAGUGGACAGUCUGGCAGGGAGCUCGGUGGGAGCAAAAACAUGGAUCGACCUUGAGUCCCUGAGGACUGGAUUGUGAAAGACCGAUAUAAUGACAUCCAUCCAUAUAUCUUCCCCAUAUUUAGCCACAGAAAGUAUUCAAAACUUUUGUAAGACCCAUUUGCAUUCACCUGCCUCCGGGUCUGUGUGUGUGGAGUGUGCAUGUCGUCUGUUGCGGUCGCUUUUCUCCAGGUAUUCCGAUUUCCCCGCACAGUCCAACAACAUGCAGUUAUCUGUGAUGUGAUCUGGCACAUCUAAAUUACCCAUAAUGCACGAGUGUUUACAGGGUGUUCCCUGCGCUGCACCCUGCACUGCCUUGGAUAAGCUCCAGGUUCCCCACACCCAUAUAUUUCAAAAGUGGUUGCAAGACAAAUGGAUGGAUGGAUUAAUUUCCACCAGUAAAGUUUCAAUCAGUAUAAAAAUGAAGGGAAAUUAAUAGAAUUGCCUUUAUGUAUUUCGUCAAAUGCCUUAAAGACAACAACUACAGCACCUCCAAAGCUUAGAAAGACCCACUGUUAUCUCAUAGCUGAAAAAAUUACAGUAAUGAGGGAUUAUUAACUUGCACAGUCACACUGUGGUUGAGUGUAGCCAGUUUUUUUUUUACUAAGCAGUUUUGUACAAGUCUGUAUUUAUUACUAUUGUUAUGAAACGUCAGUGGUUCACGGAAGCUAUCGCAGUAGGUACACAUUGCAUUAUUUUUAAAUAUAUGUAAUAACAUCGCAAGCAGAUUUCAGGAAACAUACAGCCAGAAGGACCAAAGUUCUGUGGAAAAAUAUGCUUUUCUACAAAUCAUACUUGCUGCACUUGUUAUGGAGGGUUGGGAGCAACAUCACAUGAGGCUUCAUGCAAACUAUUCCGUCCAAACACGUUUCCUAAAGAAAGAAGCUGCAUUCAAUCUGUACACAACAGACAGUGUUACAGUGUGUCAAUGGCGAAAUACCCAAGUUUUAUCAAGCUGUACGUCAUAUAAAUUAGUGCUGAUGCUAAGAGCGCAGAUGCCGUUCACAGCUACGUAUGAUAAACAAACACUUACGUCAUUGUGUUCAAGCAUAUAAUAACACCAAAGACCACACAAAUCCAUCAAGAGUCUGACACCCUUAGGAACAGGUAUCCUUUCAAAGCGCUCUGAAAUAUUUACCGCAGUCUAUCCAAACAGUAAAUGCUUAAACGUGUAAACAGCAGAGUCCCUGAGCAGUAUCUCAUUAAUCUCACGUGAAUGUACAUGGAAGCACCAAGCACCCUCUGUAACAGCUAACCGCUAAUAAACCUCAUUUUCUGCCA